AUGCCUGAAACUACUCUCCUCAAAGCUGCCGGAUACGGUUCUUUUCUGGUUGCCAUCAAGCAUGCUCUUACUGGGAAACAAUUCCAUCGUCUUCCUCAGUUCCAAGACCUUCCAAAUCUUGCGAACACAUGCAGCACACAUCCCGAAUUAUUAAGGGAACCUAUGAGCCGUGCCAUGGCUGCUCUAAUCGUCAGCAUUGCUUGGUCUAGCUCUGCUUGGUCUAGCUCUGCUUGGUAUCUUCGAAGAGCGAUCAAAGCUAGCGGGUUCCUCACAGCCACGGCCGGUAUAUUGCAGGCCUACGCAGCACUGUACUGA